AACUGGGGGGGAAAGUUGUUGUAGGAAUCGCAGAAAGCCGUAAAGAUGUUUAUGGGUUCUGGAUUUUUCAGCACGCUGUUUUUUUUCCGUAACGCGGUUAUCAUGAGACUGUAUUCAAGUCAGAUUUAAUACUCCGACCUGCGGAUUCAGAAUAAACCGAAAGUUAACGAGGAGAAAACGAGCUGUCUGGACAUAUAUAUCAUAUAUAAAACAACUGAAACAGCUCACAUUUGCAGGCGUCUCCUAUCAGCAAUGGCCUCCCGUGAUAAGAAUGCUUACUUCAUCAUCACUGCAACCCCAGUGAUAUGCGGAUGGAUCAAAUCUGGAUGUAUUUGCUACAAAAAGGAGACUCUGUAUUCACCUCUAUCAGACACUGUACAUGUUGUAUGUAUAGGUGAAAUAGGGACUUAUUCUUUGCCAGUUGAUAUCCUGCGGCCACUGACACGGCAAAAGGCUGAAUUUCUCUUGGCGCUUGAAAGCAAUGAAGAGAGACUGAAGGAAAUCGCAAAGCCGGAGAUGUUAGAGCAAGCCACAGAAUUGACUGUAGGCUCUGAAGUCAUGGUGGCCCAAGAAGGCAGCUGGCUUAAAGGGGUGGUAAGAUACAUCGGCCCAAUCUCUGACCGAAAAAUACCGGAUUCUGGUGGAGGUGUAUUUUUUGGAGUUGAACUGCUGGGAGAAGAUAUGGGCAAAGGCCGAAACGAUGGAAGUUUCGGGCACAAAAAAUACUUCGAAUGUCAGCGAGAUUGUGGCGUUUUUGUCCCUUUCACCAGAAUUAAACCACUGCAUCCCAAACCAUCAGCACCAUGGGCUGGCAUGGAGGGGGAUCCCACACAGAAACUGUCUUUUGGAGAUCGCAUAACCUACAUUCUUGAUGAUAAAAGCGACUGUCAGCAUGGGAUGGUCCUGAAAGUCAAGCCAGAUGGCAUGAUUUUGAUCUCAACGGACGUAGAUGAACAUGGAAAGCGUGGAGGGGAGAGAGAGAUUCCAUGGCACAUCAUUAUUAAUAAGGAGGAAGAUGCAGAUGAGUGGCCCAGAUCUAAACCAGAAAAGAUGGACAUCUCCGACAGUCCAGAUACGGUUAAAGACCCGAGUGCUGAUGUGGCUAUAAAACUGGGCUCCAGGGUGGUGGUUCAUCUAGCCAAUGGUGCUGCAUUUGCAACAGUGCGUUGGAUUGGCUCUCUUCCAAAUAUGUCGAGCAGAAUGGCUGGCCUGGAACUGGAAGAGGCAUGUGGGGUGAGUGACGGGACGUUCCGAGAUGUUCGCUACUUCACAUGUCCAUUUAAGAAAGGCCUCUUCGUGAAGCUCUCCUCUUGUCAGCUUGGUGAGAGUUUCCUGGGUGAAACUGCAGUAAACGGAUACUUUGAUGUGGGUCUAUUUACAGAGCAUGAUGGACAGGAUGCAUCACCUGUCCCACCCCUGAGGUCAGAGGAUGUGAUGAAGACUCUGAUUGGUCAGAUGAAAGGGAUCCAGGGUCACUGUAACUCAUGUUACAUGGACGCAGCUCUCUUUAGCUUGUUUUCCUGCUCAUCAGUACUAGACUCUCUUCUGUUUAAAAAGACCAAACCGAAUGAUGAACCCAUCCAGAGAACUCUCCUGAGAGACAUUGUGUGUCCUCUGCGCAGCAAUGGUUAUGUCCCAGCCCGCAGUGUGAUGAAGCUUCGGAAGCAGGUGCAGGAGAGAGGCCACUGUCCUAGCUACACCACGGAUGAGAAAGAUCCAGAAGAGUUUCUUACUCUCAUCAUGCAAGACAUCUUGUCACUGGAGCCACUGCUGAAACUGAAAUCACGUAAUCAGACUAAAGGCGUAACAGAGAUGGAGCAGACGAGUUACUUCUACCAAAUCUUCAUGGAUUACAACCACAGUCUGGUUUUACCCACAGUUCAGCAGUUGCUUGAGCAUUCGUUCUACAACAGCGACAUCAAGCUAGCAGAGGUGCCUUCUUGCCUGAUCCUGACAAUGCCUCGCUCUGGGAAGCAGUUUAAAAUGUUUCCAAAAAUCAUUCCCUCUCUGCAGCUGGAUAUCACUGCUCUUUUGUCCAACGGUCUUCAGCAGUGUGUGCUGUGUGGACAGCUUGCACAUGUGGAGUGUAGCAAGUGCUUCCUAGAUCCAGUUUUCAGCAGUACAGGACUAAAGGUUUUCUGUGAGAACUGUUCAACCCAGGUACACUUUCACCCCAGUCGACAGUUUCAUAAACCAACAUCCCUGCGUCACCCUGAAGGAUUUCCUCACUCACGCAGUCCUGGUAGUUCAUCACAAACACCCCCGAGAGAAAAACUGGAGCUUUUUGCUGUCCUAUGCAUAGAGACCAGCCACUACGUUUCAUUUGUCAAACACGGACCAAAAGACACUGACUGGGUCUUUUUUGACAGCAUGGCUGACCGAAAAGGUGAAACUGAUGGCUUUAACAUUCCAGAGGUUAAAGCAUGUCCGGAAGUGGCACGCUACCUCACUAUGCCUCUAGCUGAGCUAGCUACGCAGGUACCUCGUGAAAUGGAUGGAGUGGCAAAGAGACUGUUCUGCGAUGGUUAUAUGUACCUGUAUCAGAGCCCCAGCAUGGCCCUGUAUCACUGAUACAAUCGAUCAAGAUCUCAAAUUUCUACAAACUCCCACACACAUCGAAUGCACCUCUGUUCAACGAAUACUGACAUUUCUGUUGGAAUACUAAUAAUUCUUACUAAACCUUGAACUUUCCUCUCACUGUUUAAGCUUUUAAUUGAUUGUUGGACUUUCUGGGGGCUGAAAUAGCACCGUGCUUUUCAGCACUAAUGGGAAGAAUAGUAUACCUGUGCAGACACAGUAUUCUUUGAAUGGUGCCUGGAAACGAACAUUGGACAUAAUUAAUGCAAAAUAUUAUUGCUGUUAAAGUUGUACGUGAAUUUGUAAUGCCCACUUUUCAUAUAGUUUCUAGGAAACGAUAAUAUCCGAUCUUGUAAAACUCAAGAAAAGGAGAAGAAUGAUCGUUUCUUUUACCAAGCCAAAUAAUUCUAGAGUUGCAUUUAUUGCCUUAAUACUUAAGAAGAGAAAUGUAAUAUAAGUCAAUUCUGUUAUUAUCUUUAUAAGUCAGAAGCCAUUGAUAGACCUGUACAUAUAGGGACCAGUUAGAUAAUAUAAACCUAUUAAAUAUUCUGCUGUAUGUGAUGGUGUCCAUAUGGAAGUCUGCUAUAUGAAUGAAAGUAAGUCAAGAAUGCAGUACAAAGUGCUUUAUGUUUGCUAUGAAGCUCUGGUGUCAGUGAGUUUUGAUCGUCUUAAAGAAUUGUUCCUAUUCUUUUUGAAAGGGGAAAAACAUAUUCUGUGUUUCCUGAACAUGCACAUAAAUGUCUUUCUUACUUUGUGUAUCUAAAAUACUCGGAUGCCUUCUCAGGGAAAUUGCAAUUUUUAUAUCACUGAUUUAAUAAAGUG